UGCAUCCCCCGCCUCUCUCUCUCUCUUCCCCCCCCCCUCUCUCUCUCUGUCAUUCACAACGGCCUGUAUGUGGACUGACACAGCAGCAAACAGACGGACAAGAGAAAAACCAAACAGAACAACAAACAUAGAGGGACGGUCAGUAAGAGAGGAGCAGGUGGGACAGACGCCCGGCGUGAUCCGACCCGAUACACACGGGUAAAGGAUCAUGCGUUCCCGUAGCAACAGUCUGGAGGAUACGGCAAAGACGAAGCCGUCUCCUUCGAGAGGAAGAUCGCGACUGCAAACAUCAGAGCACGAGGAGGCGUGUCACGGGACGAGACGCACUCCAGACGAAACGGGCACCGGUCAGAGGAACCACGCGGAUGGCCGACACAGACCGCAGAGAGAGAGAACCGCGGGAGCGUCGUCGACACGAAAGAGCAGAGAUCUGUCACGAGAUGACCUCCUCUUCCUCCUCAGCAUGCUGGAAGGAGAACUACAGGCUCGAGAUGAAGUGAUCAAUGUUCUGAGAGCCGAUAAAAUCGAUCUGGCUCUACUGGAGGCCACGUAUGGCUUUGUAACUCCUCCGAAGGUGCUGAAAGCACUGCAGAGAGACUCCAUCCAGGGCAAAAGCGCCGGCUGGCAGGAGGACAUCUACGAGAAACCCAUUACAGAGCUGGACAGGCUGGUGGAGAAGCAGCGCGAAACGUACAGGCGGAUGCUGGAACAGCUCCUGAUGGUGGAACAAUCUCACAGACAGACCCUCCACAGACUGGAGAACGAGAAGAGGAACCAUAACGACUUCAUGAAAAAGAGCGAUGAAUUCACCAGUCUGUUGGAGCAGGAGAGAGAGAGAUUGAAGCUGCUCAUCGAUCAAGAAAAAGCUCACCAGGAGAAAAAGGAAGAGGAGAGCAGCAGAAAAGUCACAAAUCUGAAGGACGAGCUGACCAAGCUGAAGUCUUUUGCCCUGUUGGUUGUUGACGAACAGCAUCGUGUAACAGAGCAGCUGACCCAGCAGACAACAAAGGUCCAGGAACUCCAGAACGCUACAGCUCAGGCCCAAGAGGAGCUGAGCUCGGCCCUGACUCGUCUACAGGAAGAGGAGAGCAAAGUCCUCCGAUUGGAGGAGGAGUUACGCAACCAGGCCUGUCGUUUCCACCAGGAGCAAGAAGCCAUGACGGCCAAACUGAACAAUGAAGAUGCCCAAAACAGACAGCUGCGGCAGAAGCUCUCCUCGCUGAGUCGGCAGUUAGACGAUCUGGAAGAAACCAACAAGACCUUGCGCAGGGCGGAGGAGGAACUUCAAGAGCUGAGGGACAAAAUGAGCCGUGGUGAGUGUGGCAACUCCAGCCUGGUGUCGGAAGUGGAAGAGUUGAGGAAACGAGUGCUGGAAAUGGAGGGGAAAGAUGAGGAGCUGAUCAAGAUGGAGGACACCUGCAGGGACCUGAACAGGAAGCUAGAGAAAGAGUCCGACCAAAGCCGGAGCUUAAAAACAGAGGUGGACAAGCUGAAUCACAGGAUCAUGGAGCUGGAGAAGUUAGAGGAUGCUUUUGGCAAGAGUAAGCAGGAGUGCCAUUCAUUGAAAAGCAACCUGGAGAAAGAGCGCACUACAACGAAACACAUGUCCAACGAACUAGAUGUGUUAAGAGUCCGAAUCAAAGAGCUUGAGGCAGCCGAGGUCCAUUUGGGGAAGACUGAACUGACGCUGAAAGAGGAUCUGACGAAACUCAAAACGCUGACAGUCAUGCUGGUCGAUGAGAGGAAAGCAAUGUCAGAAAAACUUAAGCUGAUGGAGGAUAAAGUACAAAACAGCACCGGAAAACUGCAGGCAGAACAAGACAAGGUGAACGUCGUCACUGAAAAGUUGAUUGAAGAGAGUAAGAAGGCUUUGAGGUCAAAGGCUGAACUGGAGGAGAAAAUGUGUGCCGCCACUAGGGAGAGGGAUGGGCUAAAAGCUGAGCUCAAAGCUGAGGAGGAGAAAAACUGUGAUCUUCAGUCCAAAGUUAGCUUGAUGAAGAAGAGGCUUCAGUCACUCGAGGCUGUGGAGAGGGAGUUCUUGAGAAACAAAUCCAAGGAGGAAAACACAAAACCUCCAGUUCCUUACCGCUACCAACAAGAAGACAACAAAGUGAAAGAUUUGACCCAGGAAGUAGAACGCCUCCGCAGGAAGCUAAAGGACAUGAAGUCGGUGGAAGGUGAUCUUCUGAAGACAGAGGACGAGUAUGAAUCACUGGAAAAGAGAUAUUCCAAUGAACAGGAGCGAGCCAAAGCUCUAAUGGAUGAACUAGAGAUGUCUAGGAAGGAACUUUCCAAAUACCAGUUGGCUGAGAAAGAAGAAUCCAAUCAAGAGCACGUCCUGUAUAAGCGUCUGAAAGAGGAAGAGGCCAAAUCUAGUCAUCUGACUCGAGAGGUAGAAGCAUUGAAAGAGAAGAUCCAUGACUACAUGGGCACAGAAGAAUCCAUCUGCCGCUUGAAAACCGACCACGCUGUGCUACAGAGAAAACUCAACCAGCAAGAGGUCAGAAAUAGAGAGCUGGCCAGAGAGCUAGAGUCACUUACACGAGAGCUCGAGAGAUACAGGCGUUUCAGUAAAAGCCUACGGCCAGGCAUGACUGGAAGACGUUUCUCGGAUCUCCAGUUGUCCUCAAAGGAGGUGCAGACCGACCCAACAGACGAUCUUUCCCCAAACAAAAACCUCGCACAGCUGGACUGCGCUCUGGUCAAUGGCAAGAUGUAUGUAGAGAGUGAUCCAGAUGAUGAAGCCAAUUACAAUGAGAUAAACCUGACAAACUGCACACCGUCACUCAUCAACAAUGUCAACAAUCUCAACAACAAUAUGAGAAGAGUUAGAGGACCUUUUCUAAAAGCUAAAGAAAAUUAUACAGUGAAAGGCAAGGUGCAGCCGAGACAGAACGGUAAUCACGUUCAGCAGCAAGGUGACGUGGUCCUUACGCACACUCCAGGUCAACCUCUGCACAUCAAAGUGACCCCUGACCUUGGGCACAACACGGCCACUCUCGAGAUAACCAGUCCCACCGCGGAGAACGGUCAGUCCUUCACCAGCACUGCGGUCAUCCCCACGAGCAGCGGCACUCCUAAACAGAGAAUCACCAUCGUACAGAAUUCAUCCAGCUCACCUUCGAACAAGUCCAAAGGUUCACCUCCACCCGAGAGUCCCUGUAGCCCCGUCGCACUCGAUCGCUCUAUGUCACCGCUCACCAUGGCCGCCUAUUCCCGAACGUUGACCGCCGGCUCCCGCGGGUCAGUUAGCCCGGACAGAGCCGUGUCGCCCGUUCAGAUAGUGUCCGUUACUACCGGGGCCCCCGACGGAUCGCAGUCCGUAGAGUCGCUGGAGCUGGUGGGAGGUCAUACCGUGUUUCGUGUUAGCCCGGAGAGGCAGAAGAGCUGGCAGCUGCAGAGGUCCAACAGCUCAGGUCCAAAUGUUAUUACCACUGACGAUAACAAAAUCCACAUUCACUUAGGAAGCCCCUACGUUCAAACCGUGAACACCGCGGCCAAAACCGUCAGCCCCUAUUUCUCGCUCGGCCCAGAGCAGAGGAUUCCAGUAUUAACCAAUGGCUCUGCAGCCAAAGGCAACAACAAAAUUACGAGCAGCAUCGUAAUAAAACCCACAUCCAGUCCGAUAUCACGGCCUUCACAGAUUACAGUUCCUCUGGAAUCAUUCCGACGUCCUGGACCGACCAGAAUUCCCAAACCCAAGGGUGCAGCAAAGAGCUCAAACAGCUCGGCGCAAAGUGCACUGACUCAUGGGAAAUGUGUCCAACAACCCCAACCAUGUGAACCAAGCCACCAACUCGUGAUCACCAAAUCAGUUUAACAGGGAGGGAAAAGACUUAUUGUCCUGAUUUUAUUUUUUUGGUGCUGUAAUGAGACUUUAUUUUAUUGUGAAAACUUUAUAAAUCCUGACCAUUAUCUUUACGGUGCUGAAUCUAGCUUUCUUUCCCUCAUGUAUUUGUUUCAAACUUUAUUAUUAUCAACAUGUUUAUUAGUUAUACACACAGUAAUGAUGCACUGAUGAAGGGUUUAAAGUAAAUAUUUACUUACUGUUAUCAAACAGGACUGUUGUUACAUCUGCACAUCAGAGUAAAACAUUUCAUUUAUGAUUAUUAGCUUUAGUGUUCUUACUGUAAUGUAUUAAGUUAGGAGAGGUUUUAGUCUGAAUCGCAGAAGUUAACAAAGUUAAAACUCUUCUGUCAAGGGUAAGAAAAAAACCCAUUCACAGUUCUGAUUGUAUUUCCAUUAUUAUUAUUAUUAUUAUUAUUAUUAUUAUGGAUUAUUAAGGAGCAUCAGUUAAAAAUGAUUAGUUGUAAUGUAGUAAAUCAAGUAUAACACGCAGCCUGCUUAAAUAUUAAAAACAUUAAAUACAGAGAGAUAAAACAUGAUGAUGACGUGUAUGAGAGGAAUAAUGAAUGCAUUUAUCAUUUAUUUAUUUGUGCUUUGUUUGUUUGUGCGGGUUAGAGACAAUCACUUGAGUAAUUUAAUCAUAAAUUAAUGUAGAUUUGUAAAUGUAUUUUUUUAUUUACUGAGAAAAAUCAAAUCAUUACUGACUAAUGAUAAUAAAUACUACAUACAUGCACUCUC